AGAGCCCUUUCACACACCUCAGGAACACCUCUCUGCUGCCUGCUGCCCGCUGCCCGGACACACCUGCAGCCCUGCCCAGCCAGCUCUGCUCACUCAGAGCUUGUCAAUGCCCCAGACAUGAGCCAGCCCAGGCCCCGCUACGUGGUAGACAGAGCUGCGUACUCCCUCACCCUCUUCGAUGAUGAGUUUGAGAAAAAGGACCGCACCUACCCGGUGGGAGAGAAACUUCGCAACACCUUCAGGUGCUCCUCGACCAAGUUCAAAGCCAUUGUGUUGGGGCUGCUGCCUGUGCUCUCCUGGCUCCCCAAGUACAAGAUCAAAGACUACAUCAUCCCAGACAUGCUGGGUGGACUCAGUGGGGGUUGUAUACAGGUGCCACAAGGCAUGGCAUUUGCGUUGCUGGCGAACCUUCCGGCAGUCAAUGGUCUCUACUCCUCCUUCUUCCCCCUCCUGACCUACUUCUUCCUAGGGGGUAUACACCAGAUGGUCCCAGGUACCUUUGCCGUUAUCAGCAUCCUGGUGGGUAACAUCUGUCUGCAGCUGGCCCCAGAGUCAAAAUUCCAGAUCUUCAACAAUGCCACCAAUGAGAGCUACGUGGACACAGCAGCCAUGGAGGCAGAGAGGUUGCAUGUGUCGGCUACACUUGCUUGCCUGACUGCCGUCAUCCAGAUGGGCUUGGGCUUCAUGCAGUUUGGCUUUGUUGCCAUUUACCUCUCUGAAUCCUUCAUCCGGGGCUUCAUGACAGCCGCUGGCCUGCAGAUCCUGAUCUCUGUGCUCAAGUACAUCUUUGGUCUGACCAUUCCCUCCUACACCGGCCCAGGCUCCAUCGUUUUUACCUUCAUUGACAUUUGCAAAAACCUCCCCCACACCAACAUCGCCUCGCUCAUCUUCGCCCUGGUCAGCGCUGUCUUCCUGGUGCUGGUGAAGGAACUCAACGCUCGGUACAUGCACAAGAUCCACUUCCCCAUCCCUACGGAGAUGAUCGUGGUGGUAGUGGCGACAGCUAUCUCUGGGAGCUACAAGAUGCCAAAAAAAUAUCACAUGCAGAUCGUGGGAGAGAUCCAACAUGGGUUUCCCACUCCAGUGGUCCCGGUGGUUUCGCAGUGGAAAGACAUGGUGGGCACAGCCUUCUCCCUGGCAAUCGUGGGCUACGUCAUCAAUCUAGCAAUGGGCCGGACCCUCGCCGGCAAGCAUGGUUAUGACGUGGAUUCUAAUCAGGAGAUGAUUGCCCUGGGCUGUAGCAACUUCUUCGGCUCCUUUUUCAAGAUCCAUGUCAUUUGCUGUGCUCUCUCUGUCACCCUGGCUGUGGACGGGGCUGGAGGAAAAUCCCAGGUGGCAAGCUUGUGUGUGUCUCUGGUGGUGAUGAUCACCAUGCUGGUCCUGGGGUCCUAUCUGUACCCUCUUCCCAAGGCUGUGCUAGGAGCCCUGAUAGCUGUCAACCUCAAGAACUCCCUCAAGCAACUCAGCGACCCCUACUACCUGUGGAGGAAGAGCAAGCUGGACUGUUGCGUCUGGGUGGUCAGCUUCCUCUCCUCAUUCUUCCUGAGUCUCCCCUAUGGCGUAGCAGUGGGUGUGGCCUUCUCCAUCCUGGUUGUGAUCUUCCAGACUCAAUUUCGAAAUGGCUCCACACUAGCCCAGGUCAUGGACACGGACAUCUACGUGAACCCCAAGACCUACAACAGGGUCCAGGAAAUUGAGGGGGUUAAGAUUGUCACUUACUGCUCCCCUCUCUACUUUGCCAACUCAGAGAUCUUCAGGCAAAAAGUCAUUGCCAAGACAGGUAUGGACCCCCAGAAGAUAUUACUCGCCAAGCAGAAAUAUCUCCGGAAGCAGGAGAAGAGGACGGUGAAGCCCACACAACAGAGGAAGUCCCUCUUCAUGAAAACCAAGACGGUCUCUCUGCAGGAACUCCAACAGGACUUCGAAAGCGCUCCCUCAACUGACCCCAACAACAACCAAGCUCCUGCAGGUGAUGCCAACAUAUCCUACAUCACCUUCAGCCCAGAGACCUCAGCGGCUGCCCCGUGUGAGCCGCCCACCUCCGCUCAGUCUCCCAGGGAGCCUAGUGAUGCUCUAGCCAGUGUCCCGCCCUUUGUCACCUUCCACACCCUCAUCCUCGACAUGAGCGGAGUCAGCUUUGUGGACUUGAUGGGCAUCAAAGCCCUAGCCAAGCUAAGCUCCACCUAUGAGAAGAUUGGAGUCCAGAUCUUUCUGGUGAACAUCCAUGCCCAGGUGUACAAUGACAUCAGCCAUGGAGGUGUCUUUGAAGAUGGGUGUGUCCAGCGCAAUCACGUUUUCCCCAGCAUUCAUGAUGCAGUCCUCUUUGCCCAGGCAAACACUAGAGAAGACCCAGCACGCAGCUUCCAAGGGGCUCCAGGAGACACUGAAUUCUCCCUGUAUGAUUCUGAAGAGGACGGUCCCAGCUAUUGGGACUUAGAGCAGGAGAUGUUCGGGAGCAUGUUUCACACAGAGACCCUGACUGCACUGUGAGGGCCCGUUUGGUUCCCAUACUGCCUCCUGAGCGUGUGGCACCUGGGAUUUCCACGGACGAUAAGCCCAGGACCACAGGGAGGGACAGAAAGAAGAGUAUGUCCAUCCGCCAAGGCUCUCGAUCCUCUCUCAACUCCUGUCCUCUCUCCUGACUUUUCCUCCCUCCCCAUCUCCCUGGGGGAGAGUCGCCUCGGCCUCUGCAGCCAGAAGAACCUGUCCUGACAAGGGUUGGCAAGCGCGAGAGUCUGGUGAACCCACCCCAUCUCCUCCCUUCUCAUUCAAGCCCAGCCGGGCAGUGAGCUUAUUCUGCCCAUCUACCCAUGCCCCACCAUGGCAGCUGAUGGACACCUUGCCUUCCGGUCUUAAGAGCAAGCCAAGCACAGAAAGAUAAGGGCAGCUGUGCUGAGCUGGAGUGCAGUUCAAACGGGUCUGUGGCCUGGGUGGUUGAGGCCUUGGAGGUUUCAGGCUGUCGUUGGGAUUCAGGGAUGCACUGGGUUAGAGUGUUGAAGCUUGUCCCUCCGACUGCCUUAUAGUUGUCAGCUUUGUGCUUCAAAGACACAGUACUGUCCCCAAUCCAGGCGUCUCUGUCUCUGUGCCCGCUUCUCUCAGUGUCCUAAGACCGCUGAGGCCUUCAUUGCUGUCCAGCACUUCAGCCCCAGUGUGGGCAGUGGGCAGGACCCGCAAGACUGUCAGCGCUACCUCUCCAGGGACAACCCACCGAGGGGCAGACUUGGCCUCUUGAAUCAUCCCCGCCUGAAUGCUGCCCCAUUCUGGGGAACAGGUGAUCAGCAGAAUCCUCCAGCGAUACGGCGGCAGCCAUUCUGCACAAAAUCUUUCAGAAUCCCUCUUUGUACUAGCGACAUGGAGAGGGGGUGCUACUGCAGACUCGGGGCAAACUGGUGGUUCCUGGACCUGACAGUCCACCUGACCUCGGAGCCCGUGUUGCCCCUCCUUGGAAAAUCUGUCAUGGCCAAGUUCAUUUGGAAAGAGCCAGGCGUUUGAACUCUUCCUCAUCAGCCUGUAGCCCGGAGUGGUGGGGGGGAGGCCCUGACACCGAUGAGGGAGUCCUAAGGUUCUAGCUGCAGCAUCCAACUGGGUACAGAUGUGAAGGACCAGUUUAGACUGGAUCUCCCUCUACAGGGAGCUCUUAGCCAUCUCAGGACCUUUUUACCCCAGGAAAGAAAUUAAAUCCUCAGGAAAACAGGGAGGUAACUAGAGACAUCCACCACUGACUUGAAAAUAAAUAGGUUCUCUCUCUCUCUCUCUCUCUCUCUCUCUCUCUCUCUCUCUCUCUCUCUUUCUUACACACACACACACACACACACACACACACACACACACACACGAUCUUAUAAAACUACCAUUUUUACAAGUACACCGAAAAUCUGGCCUCUCCUCAUUAUUCUCCAAGAUCCUUCAGUAAUGACCCCUGUGCCAACAGGCUGGGUUCAGGCUGGGCCGGCCCAACCUAGGAAAGCAUCCCACUUACUAACUUGAGCCUGACCUUUGUUAUGUGUCCAUGUGUUAAGUAAGCUAGUGAGCGAGCGAGUCUCCUCCGUAGUUAAAGCACAGGGCCCUGGCAAACAGCCAGCACAUUCUUGGCCGCAGCUGUUGCUUCUCCGUGAAUCCAUUAUGCCAUCUGGCUGCCAAUGGAGCCCAGAACUUGGAAGGCUGAAAGACAACGUUAUCUGGGAUUCACUGUACCCAGCACUCAAAGUGCCAAAUUCCAGCAGGAAGAGAACCCCAGCCAAUGACAGUUUACCCUCCCCUACUCCGCCUCCUCCAAAGUCCAAGAAGUAUUGGAAGGUCACAGAGCCCCAGGACAUUUUAUAAGUCCCCUUUGGACCGAGUGUCUCGAUCCCAUUAACCUGCAGGUCAGGCCCGGGACUGAGAGGGGUUACUGAUUCACGAUGGCCUGGGGAUUGGGCUUGUUUGGGAGCCGAGCAAGGAUCUGCCGCAUGCUAUGUUCUCUCACAGACCACAAGGCAAAGGUGUAAUUAGAAACACAGGGGGCAGGGGCACCAAAAAGGUGCUGAAGAGAAUUCCACAGCUACAGCUCUUGGGGAAGGAUGUGAGCAUCACACAGACUGCGGCUCUGGACAGGACUGAGGCAGGAAGGGAGGGGACGAGGGGACAGAAGACCCCAGAUUUUUCAACAGCUGCGGAUGUUCUUACAGACACUGACCUGUGACAGGAUCCCGGGAGGGCUGCGAACCUUACCUCUUGAGAUAUUUGUAUAACUUAUUUAAAUGCCAGUCUCCUUUGUGCGUUUUGGUAAUAAACUGGUCUUGAAAUGUG